UCAUAUGCCGAUUGUUUUAGUAAGUGUUGGAGACGGGCCAUGGGCAGACAUGAGGAAGAUGGGUGACCUUAUCCCUAAGCGUGUCGAUCUUUCAGGUAUCAUCUCAUCUCCAAUUUCAGUUCCAUUUGUAUCCUUUUUUGAUCUUGAUCUGCUCUCUGCAAAGUUUCUGAAUUUCACAGAGAUCAUGAGAGAGGGACCAUCAGAGUUAGCCAAAGAAAGGGAAUUUUCUCUUACUGAUCUAAUUUGUGAUUCAGAUGAAGAAUGGAUCCGAGGAGGGGCAGAUGAGGAUGUAC